UCAAAAAAUGGUUGCAUCGCAUGGCCUACCCAAUUUUCUCCACACAAUCCACAAUCGGCCGCGCACCGGAGACAAUCAAGAUUCACCAGAAACCGACUUCAACUGAUCAGUGGUACAGUAGACGCUCGGAAGAUAGGACUUGUUGGAUUUGGCGCUCGCUGGCAUCGGAGCAUAAUUUGCACGCCGGUUUUAUUAAAGCUCAGUGAAGGAAUCCGCUUGUGGGAAAAGGCUACAAGUUUGCUGCGAUUUAGCUAAAGCCACAAUUUUCUACCGCGUGUGUGUGGGUGUGUGUAAGGAUGCCUGCGGUUAGAAUGGAGAGUCCGUAUUUUAUAAAGUACGAUAAGGAGGUUAUUAUCAAUCCAUGCUCCGUCCGCCAAAAGCUGGUGUUCUAUCCGGCGAACAUUGGCGACAGAGAGUGGACCAUUUGCGCUAUCUACGAGAAGGGCAAGGUCGAUAUGGCCGUUAUGUUGAACUGCACCCGAAACAACUGUACCGCCGGUGUAUGGGCCGGGCUGAAGUGUGAGCUGGUCGAACCCACCAUCAAGAUGGUGCUCAAAUCGUCCCUGACGAAACUGCAUUACAUUCGGCCAGGGAAGACACUGCGGGCCGGGCUGCGCGUAUGGCCGGAGCGGCUGUUCAACCGUCGGUCGAACGAGAUCGAGCGUCCUAUGAAUGCGAAUUCGACGUACAUUUGCCGCUUGAUCAUCACCCAGCUCCGCAAUGUGGACCGAGAGCGGCUGCAAGCGUUCCUGGAUGUACCGAGCACAAUUGCCGCGAAAACACCGGUGCGCAAAUGGUGCAUCGAUGGCGGCAUGCCCAACUGCAUGCUGCGCUUCGCCAACGGCUUCUACGGGCACAUCUGCCGUUGGUCGCUGCUAUAUAGUCUAGACGAAAGUGCGCCGUUACGUAACGCUAUGAGGCAGCAGCCGUACUGCAGGGAAUUUGUCAUCCCGCUGACGAUCACGCAAAAGGUGCUGAUGGCGUUCAUGGUGUACCUGAACACCAACGCCCUGCCACGGGAGCAAGUGAACGAGGAUAACAUUUACGGUUUGCUGGAGGUGGCGAAAUAUGUGCAGGCCGGCGAUUUGAUCGAUCUGUGCGUGUUGCAUCUCUCUAAGAUGGCGAGCGAGGGAAAGAUCAGCCGCUCACUGCUGAAUUCGUUGCCGACCCUGCAUCUGCCUGCGGUUACCGAGAUCAUACGGUACAGCUUACUGGCGACUUUGGUCAUACCGGAGAUUGCGAGUGACAGCGAGGACGACAAUGGCCAGGAUGCCUAAAUGCUACCUCGUUCGUCACAGUGUCGUUAAGCGUCGUUAACAACUUUUAAUACCCAAACAUAAAAGCCGAUUACCCGAGACACCGCAGAGGGGGUAACAGUAGUUGUUCUGCUGCGAUUUGUCCUGAAACAUCAUCAGUCCGUACACACCUACCCAUAUAAGUAUCCGGGUAGUAGAAUUCUGAAAUACUAAUACUUAUUUAAAAAAAACUAAAUUUUCUAAGUUUUUCUAUUCGAACUACAUUUAAUUACUUCGUCAAUUUGGCCAGCCUCAUGUACAGCGAACGAGCGUUGCCGGCGAACAACAAAAAAGAAACUGCGCAUUUCACAAUAUUAGCACUUAAGAAAACUGGCGAUUCGUCGAUGUGCCACUGUACAGCAAGGUUACUUGACGACUUUCGAUCCAAAUUCCUUUAUCUCUCUAAACAUUCAGUUAUAUAUCAUCGUUAAGUUUUUAAUCUAGCAGGAGAAUCAUCGGUCCGAUGCGUGUACUUGUAUCCGCAUUCAGCAAUACUGGUUCGGAUAAGGAACGGAGGGGAAAAUCAUUACGCUUGCAAAUAUAGGUUAAGCUUACUUAGUCAUUUAGGCCUGCCAAUGUACAGUAACGCGCAGUGCCGACUAUAACGACCCGGCCACAGUAGUAGACAACGACGACCGAACACGCAAACACUACCGCAGAGAUGUGAUUGGUAUUUAUGCGAAAACAAUUGUACAGCAACGCAGGUACCGACCACUAUCGAACGGCUUAUUUUUUUUUUCAACAAAUCAAUUCCAUUAAUUAAGGAUUCAGCCAUUUUGCAACUGCCCCAUAAUGUGCAGAAAGCAGCAGGUGCUGGCUGUCUAAAAAAAGAAACGUUUCUCUAUAGCUAAUGGUGGAGAGACUACCAUAUAUAGCUAGGAGGUAGUACAUCUAAGCAUUAUUCGAGCUCUGGAUCCUUCAGAGCAGCAUUAUUUUCCCAGCAUCAAACAGAAGGGGCGCGCUUGUGGAGGAGAAACGUAAAGAAUAGAAGAUCGGUCUAUCCAACAGGAGGCGUAAUCUUUUUCCGAAAUUCUAUACCUUUAACAACAUUGGUUUGUUUAGAGUAAAGAGAAAAACUUACUAUAGCUGAUAUGAGUCGAGGGGCAGCUGAUCGUCGCCCAAAUCAAAGCUGCAUUUCCUAUAUAGCUUGUUCCUGGGAGAAUAUAAUACUCUAACGUAUCGUAUUUUUAAGUGUUUUUGCUGUGAGUUACAAACACUUAUUUAGUGCUAAUAAAAGAAAAGCUUUAGCAGGGUA